UUUACAGAUGAGAAAAUGGAGGUCAACUUUGACCACUUUGAAAUUUUACGAGCCAUUGGGAAAGGCAGUUUUGGGAAGGUCUGCAUCGUACAGAAGAGUGAUACCAAGAAAAUGUAUGCGAUGAAGUACAUGAAUAAACAAAAGUGUGUGGAGCGCAACGAAGUGAGAAAUGUCUUUAAGGAACUCCAGAUCAUGCAGGGUCUGGAGCACCCUUUUCUGGUGAAUUUGUGGUAUUCCUUCCAAGAUGAGGAAGACAUGUUCAUGGUUGUGGACCUCCUGCUGGGCGGGGACCUGCGCUAUCACCUGCAGCAGAAUGUCCGCUUCCAGGAAGACACAGUGAAGCUCUUCAUCUGUGAGCUCUCCAUGGCCCUGGAGUACCUGCAGAGUCAACACAUCAUUCACAGGGACAUGAAGCCUGACAAUAUUUUACUUGAUGAACAUGGGCAUGUGCACAUCACAGAUUUCAACAUUGCCGCAGUGCUGUCCAAGGAGACACAGAUCACCACCAUGGCUGGCACCAAGCCCUACAUGGCACCUGAAAUGUUCAACUCCAGAAGAGAAGCAGGAUAUUCCUUUGCUGUUGACUGGUGGUCCCUGGGAGUGACUGCAUAUGAGCUGUUGAGAGGCCGGAGACCAUAUCAUAUUCGCUCCAGUACUUCCAGUAAGGAAAUUGCACACAUAUUGGAGACAGCUAUUGUGACUUACCCUUCAGCCUGGUCACAGGAAAUGGUGUCGCUUCUUAAAAAGCUACUUGAACCUAAUCCAGAGCAACGAUUUUCUCACUUGUCUGACAUUCAGAACUUCCCAUAUAUGAAUGAUACGAACUGGGAUGCGGUUCUGCAGAAGAGGCUCAUUCCAGGUUUUAUUCCCAAUAAAGGCAGGUUAAAUUGUGACCCCACCUUUGAACUCGAAGAAAUGAUUUUGGAGUCCAAACCUCUUCACAAGAAAAAGAAGCGACUGGCAAAGAAGGAGAAAGAGAUGCGGAAAUGUAAUUCCUCUCAGAAGACAUGUCUUCAAGAGCACCUUGAAUCUGUCCAGAAGGAGUUCAUAAUUUUCAACAGAGAAAAAGUAAAAAGGGACUUUAAUAAAAGGCAAGCAAAUCUAGUCUUGGAACAAACCAAAGACCCACAAGAAGAGGAUGGCCAGAAUAACAACUUAUGA